AGCAUCGGUGUGUACAGAAAUCCUUUUUGGGACAAAAUGGCAUGUUGUGUGCACCACGUUGAAAUCGGUGUAAAAAACGGAUUAUGUGCACUGAAAAAAUUAACAAAUUCAUUUCCAUUCAAGGUGAUUGCAACAAGGCAGGCAGAGGAGUUCAGACAAUGGGUAGUACGCACUGGAUCAGCUAUGUUUUUACUAACGGAACCACUAGAAUCUCGUGUGUCGUCUGAAUCUGAUGUAAGUUGGGAUAGGUGCUUGCGUAACCACGAGUAUAUAUCAAAUUGGUCUGAAAAUAUCAACCAAAGCACUCGGAGUAUUAGCAAAAAGAAGGCAGUUGACUCAGUAUUCAACAUUGCGUUGGAGGUUAAGGAAGUAGAACGUAUGGUAGAGCGUGUUGCGCGGUUUGGGGGCAAGGUUGUGCGACCACCAAGGCAAGUUGAAAACGAACAUGGGACCGUUACAUAUGCAACGGUAAAAUCGGUUGUAGGAAACAUUAACCACACUCUAAUAAACUCCUCAGAAUAUUCAGGUGUAUUUUUACCAGGCUUUAAAUCAGAGAGUGAAAACGUCUCUGUUGACAUGCAAAGCAAUCACAUGUUGUCUCACUUCGAUCAUGUUACAUAUGCUUGCCCAAUGGGGGUGUCCAAUCAAGUGUUGAAAUGGUAUGAAGAUUGUUUUGGCAUGGAGCGUUUUCUCAUAAAUAGUGAUGAAGACAGAUCUGAAGGGUUUCUUGUAGAAGGAAACGAUGUUGGAAUGAGGCUUAUGGCAAUGGAAUACUGGAAAUGUGCAGAGACUGGCGUCUCCUAUCCUUGUGCCAAAGUUAAUAGUCUAAAGAUAGUUGUUGCCGAGCCACUGCCUGGACAAGGUCCAAAUCAGGUAGAGACUUUCCUUGAGCAGCAUGAUGGUCCAGGUGUGCAGCAUAUUGGUCUUCACACAGGCGAUAUAAUCUCUUCCUCUCAGUUACUCAGAGACAGGGGUGUGGUCUUUCUCAAACCACCACCAGCAUAUUAUUCUAAGCUUGGAAAAUUAGCAGAGAUAGAAAAGCUUGGCAUGGAUGCAAAGAGGUUACAGGAGUGUGGGGUGUUGGUAGAUGAUGAAGCUGAUGCUGGGCAGCAUGUAGAGAACUGUAACAGGAUGGGGGUCAGGUACUUGUUGCAAAUGUUCACAAGACCAAUAUUCAAGGAAGACACUUUCUUCAUAGAAAUCAUUCAACGUUGUGGAGCUACUGGGUUUGGUGCAGGCAACAUACGAGCUCUUUGGCGAUCUGUUCAAGCUUUCUUAGAUGAAAAGACUCAUGUAACAGCUCAAAAGGAAGAAAUCUCAUCAACCGAACAAAAAAGUUGAUACUUAUUAACAUAUUUGGUAGUUUUUCGAUAAAAUAAUAGUAUUUAACAUGUUUGCUGUACACCUCAACACUGUAUCUAAAUGCUGAAGUGUGAAAUAAACAACUUACGGGUGCUCCUGGACAUCUAGCAGUUUGCAUAUAUAUAUAUGUGAUAAGGACAAAGAGAUUUUCAAAUGUUUUAAAUUAUUUAUUGUAGGAAUGAAAGCUUUACACUUAUUUGUUAAUUAUUUAAAUGUCAAACGUCAGAGUUGAAUUUUUUUUACAAUUACACAUCACAAAGCAUUUUCAGCAGACAAAAAAAUGAGCCACUGCAAAUAAUGUUAACUGAGAAUAACACCAAUAUCUACACAGACAGUACAUAACACAUUUCUGAAAUGUACCACAGGAAAAGCUAGAAAUUUUUCGUUUUGUGCAUUCCUCAGUAUUUAAAAAAAUUAACUAUGAAAACAUUUAACACCAUGCUGCUGCUUACCUGAUGUCAUAAGCACCAAUUACAUACUAGCAUUGGGGACCAGCCCAUGUUCAGUUAUUACUACUAUAGUGUGCAUUCAUAAAUAAAGAAAAUGUUGCUAUGUUGAACUGCGUCUCAGUAUAAGUACAUCUACUCUAUGCUUAAAAAUACAAUUUAUAAUGUGUAAAAUAAUAUCUAAAAUUAAUGUAAGAUUUGGUUUCAGAUCAAUUUCUUCAAAUUGAUAGGUGGUACAGCAUAAGUAUCUACAGGUUUUGUCUAUAAUGGGACAACAGUAAAAAAAAA